AGUGACCCGUGCAGCCCUGUACUGAGCGCCUCUCCACCCUCUGCGCGUGGGGUCUCGGGCUGCCAGGCCCACCCCUACGAGGCCCGCACCCGCGCCCCGCCCGGCCUAGGUGUAGGCCCCGCCCCCGGCCUGUCCUCCCUCAGGCGGCGGGGCCGGCGGUCGCGCGAGGUCGGCGCGCAGCUGCUGUUGCGACCGCUCGGGCGCUGUCCAGGCGGAGCCAGUCCGGCCAGGGCUGCAGCCAUGAUCAAACGCUUCCUAGAGGACUCGGAUGAUACAGAACUGAACAAGUUUGUGAAGGAUUACCCAGGAGGCAAGACCUGCCACCAACCAGAGGCCAGGCCCCAAAUCCUGGAGCCAAAGCCCCAGGCCCUGGACCUCUGCCAGGAUGACCUGGAGUUCACACCGCCCUCGUGGCCCCAGACCUCUGCCAGCCAGCAGUACUUCUCUGCCUCAGCCCCUCUCAGCCCCUCAGCCCGGCCCCGCAGCCCGUGGGGCAAGCUUGAUCCCUAUGACUCCUCUGAGGAUGACAAGGAGUAUGUGGGCUUUGCCACGCUCCCCAAUCAAGUCCACCGAAAGUCCGUGAAGAAGGGCUUUGACUUCACCCUCAUGGUGGCAGGAGAGUCUGGUCUAGGGAAAUCUACUCUGGUCAAUAGCCUCUUCCUCACUGAUCUGUACCAGGACCGGAAACUCCUCAAUGCUGAAGAGCGGAUCAUGCAAACUGCGGAGAUCACUAAACAUGCAGUGGACAUAGAAGAGAAGGGUGUGAGGCUGCGGCUCACCAUUGUGGACACACCAGGUUUUGGGGAUGCAGUCAACAACACAGAGUGCUGGAAGCCUGUGGCAGAAUACAUCGACCAGCAGUUUGAGCAGUAUUUCCGAGAUGAGAGUGGCCUGAACCGCAAGAACAUCCAAGACAACAGGGUGCACUGCUGCCUGUACUUCAUCUCGCCCUUCGGCCACGGGCUCCGGCCGUUGGAUGUUGAAUUCAUGAAGGCCCUGCAUCAGCGGGUCAACAUCGUGCCUAUCUUGGCAAAGGCGGACACACUGACACCUCCAGAAGUGGAGCACAAGAAACACAAAAUCCGAGAGGAGAUUGAGCACUUUGGAAUCAAGGUCUACCAGUUUCCAGACUGUGACUCUGAUGAGGAUGAGGACUUCAAAUUACAGGACCAAGCCCUGAAGGAAAGCAUCCCAUUUGCUGUAAUUGGCAGCAACACUGUAGUGGAGGCCCGAGGGCGGCGGGUUCGAGGCCGGCUCUACCCCUGGGGCAUCGUGGAAGUUGAAAACCCAGGGCACUGCGACUUUGUGAAGCUGAGGACAAUGCUGGUGCGCACUCACAUGCAGGACCUGAAGGACGUGACGCGGGAGACACAUUAUGAGAACUACCGGGCACAGUGCAUCCAGAGCAUGACCCGCCUUGUGGCGAAAGAACGGAAUCGCAACAAACUGACUCGAGAGAGUGGUACUGACUUCCCCAUCCCUGCUGUCCCAGCAGGGACAGAUCCAGAAACAGAGAGGCUGAUCCAAGAGAAAGAUGAGGAGGUUGGUGGUGUCGUGGGCCCACGGGGACCUCCGGCGGCUGCCCUCGGCCCUGCUGCCGGCUCUGGCUCCCCAGGGGAAAGAGGAAGGGUGGAGCCAAGAACUGUGUCCUCGGAGACUCAUGUGCCCCACUCCCCUUACCAGGAGGUGGCAGUUAUCUAGUGGCAGUCUCAGCUCCAGCUGUCCCAUCUGUCAGGUGAGAGGUCUUCACUCAGGCCUGAUGGCACCAUCCAGGUCGUCAAGGAUGUCACGGGGUCCACCGGUGAAAAGUGAGGGUUGGGGGACCUAUCAAGGCAAAGAGGGGAAACCCUCCCACCGCCAGCUGAAGACCAAGUGGGAGCCUCAGGCCCAGCUCCUCUCAGCCUGAGAGGUCUUUCCUCCCUCUGGCUUUAGGAGGGGAUGACCGCAGCGAGACCCAAACAGGAAACCGAUGGGUGUGACAGGACUCAGGAGAGGGAAGGUCGCUCUUGUAAGGCACGGCUGUGACCAAUUGGUAAUGUCUCCUUUGGCCCACCAACAGUCCCAACAAGGCAGACACUUAUCCGUCCCCUUGUCUGAUGAAGAAACUGAUGUUAAAUAAUUUGCUCAUGGUACCAUGGCUAGAUGAGUGGGUAAGCUCAGUUGGAGGAGAGGGGAAUGUGAAAGAAAGAGAAUACAUCUUAUUCAAAAACAUUUGGUGAACAUAAAGAAGUACCCAAGAUGUAAUACUAAGUGAGCAAAGGAUGUUACAAGGCAGUAUGAGUCCGGUGUGAUCCCAGCUUCAAUAAAAGUAGAUGUGUGUGUAAACAGACACACAGAAAAGGCUGACUGCUCGAGGGAGACAUUCAGGCAGCUGGCUAGCCCACCACGCUGUCCACCCACCGGCCCGUCCAUCUGUAUAUCUAAUCCUAUCUACCCCUGCUUCCUAUCAAUAUCUAUCUAUCUAAUUGCUGGUGCCUUGAACAGUUUUGUCUGUAGCCGUGAGGAGCUGCAGAGAACCAUGUGUCUCCUGCCUGAGGACCCAGGCAUGCAUUGACAGAGCUCUGCUGUCUUUCAGCACCAAGGUUUUAUUCUUGGUCACUUCCCUGACAUCACGGGGUCAGGCUAGUGACCCUGGCUUCCCUAGAGCCAAGCUCCACCAGACAGAAGAAGAGCAGCAGCAAAGAGGAGAGACCACUCCUCUGUCACUCUGUCACCUGUGUGGCCACAACUUACCAGGCGCUUGGUGAGGUCCCAGGUGUGGAUGAUCCUGGCUGGAAUCACCCAGGCAUCAUCUUGGUGGCAGAUGUCACAGUGAUAAAGGCCAGCAAAGGCCAGAGCUUGGGUCAUACGAAUGAGAAGCCAAUCUGCCAGGAGCAGCCUGGAGAAGGAGGUGGGAGAGUGAGGGGUGGCGGCACGGCUGGUGGCAGCUCCUGAAUUACACAGAGCGACUAAGGCAGAGGUCCUGCUGCUUAAGGAGAGAAUGAGGAUCUAAAAGGACACAAGACUCUCCUUUCCUCGGCCAUCUCGGUGGUGCCUGUUGACUCUGUUCCUACCAUGUCUUCUCACUAGACUUUCAGGAUCAAGCAAUUCCUGGCCAAGAAACAAAAGCAGAAUCGUCCCAUUCCCCAGUGGAUUCGGAUGAAAACUGAUAAUAAAAUCUGUUACAAGUCCAAGAGGAGACAUUGGAGAAGAACCAAGCUGGGUCUAUAGAGUCACACAUAAGAUGGCACACACAUUUAUGCUGUAUCAAAGUCACGUGCUCUUACCAUCUCACUCCACUCUCUAAACAUUGCUACUAUCGGGGUAAUAGGGUGUGUUUUAUUAGGGAAGUGAUUUUUUCGUUUUUGUGCCUCUGCGCUACUCUGUUUAUUCAGUAAUAAAUACAUGAAAUGUUU